UCUUCUUCUUCGUCCUCCUGUCGGGGCUGCUGCCCCCCGGCCUCCGCCGUCCCUCCCUGCCUCUCGGCUUCUUGCCCCCCGCCGGACCGUCCCGGCUCAGAGGGCGCCGAGCCCAGCGACUACCUGUGGUCCCGGUACAGGGAGAUGCGGAAACUGGUGCACGAUCUCCUUCCUCCUGGGGUCUGCAAUCUUCUAAACCCUGCAGCUAUCUAUGCAAAUAAUGAAAUCAGCCUGGGGGAUGUGGAGAUCUACGGCUUUGAUUAUGAUUAUACACUGGCCCAGUACUCUAAUUUAUUGCACUCGAUGAUAUUCGACGCAGCCAGAGACAUCUUGAUAGAGCAGUAUAAGUAUCCAGAAGGAAUCAAAAAGUAUGAUUACAUUCCUGGAUUUGCCAUCCGUGGUCUUCACUAUGAUGUUCAGAAGAGCCUUCUGAUGAAGAUUGAUGCUUUCCAUUACGUCCAGUUGGGAACAGUGUAUAGGGGCCUUCAGCCCGUCCCUGACGAGGAGGUGAUUGAGCUGUAUGGAGGGACUCAGCACAUCCCGCUGUACCAGCUGAGUGACUUCUAUGGCAAGGGCCCCGCCAUCAAGCAGUUCAUGGAUAUCUUCUCUCUCCCCGAGAUGACUCUGCUCUCCUCAGUGGUUGAUCAUUUCAUCACCCACAACAUUGAGUUUGACCAGGUUCACCUCUUCAAGGACAUCACCGAUGCCAUCAAGGACGUUCAUGUGAAGGGAAUGAUGUAUCAGUGGAUCGAGAAGGACAUGGAGAAGUUCAUCCUCCACGGGGACGAGACUUUUGCCGUCCUGAACCGCCUGCUCAACCACAACAAGAAGCUAUUUCUCAUCACCAACAGUCCCUUCAGCUUUGUAGAUAAGGGGAUGAAGCACAUGGUUGGCAAGAACUGGCGAGAGCUCUUUGAUAUGGUCAUCGUCCAAGCUGACAAGCCAAACUUCUUCACCGACCGACGCAAGCCUUUCAGGAAACUGGAUGAAAGUGGCUCGCUUCAGUGGGACAAGAUUAAUAGCCUGGAGAAGGGAAGGAUCUACCGCCAGGGAAACUUAUUUGACUUUUUGAGGCUGACUGGCUGGCGAGGAUCCCGGGUGCUGUAUUUUGGGGACCAUCUGUACAGUGACUUGGCGGAUCUGAUGUUGCGACACGGCUGGAGGACGGGAGCCAUCGUGCCUGAGCUGGAGACGGAGAUCCGCAUCAUCAACACGGAGCAGUACAUGCACUCGUUGACCUGGCAGCAGGCCCUCACCGGCCUCCUGGAGAGAAUGCAGACGCACCAAGAUGAAGAGUCACAACAGGUGCUGAUGGCCUGGAUGAGAGAGCGCCAGGAGAUGAGGUCUCUCACCAAGGACCUCUUCAACCCCCAGUUUGGGAGCAUCUUCCGCACCUUCCACAACCCCACUUACUUCUCGCGACGGCUGGUCCGCUUCUCUGACCUGUACAUGGCGUCCAUCAGCUGCCUGCUCAACUACAACGUCAACUUCACCUUCUACCCCCGGCGCACGCCACUGCAGCACGAAGCACCCCUCUGGAUGGACCAACUCUGUACGGGAUGCAUGAAGACGCCCUUCCUGGAGGAGAUGAUGCACAUCCGCUGAGGAGCCAGGCGGGUCCUUUGCCCUGCUUCUCCGGCGUCCUCGUCCCACGCGCUCGUAUGCUAGAAUAGCCUAGAUCUGUCCCAUGGGCACCAGCCCUGCAGGGGGAAUAGUAGGCCUAGGGGGUUGUGGGUACUUUUUUCCCCCCGCUUCUUGGCUUUCCAGCACUCAGCAGGGGCCUGCCCUGGGUCGAAGCUGAAGCUUCCGCUGAAACCUGAAUGAGUAGAGAGGCUCGGCAUGUUUUCCCAGCUGUACGCUCUCCCAGGGGCACUUAGGCCCAAACGGAAAAAGCUUGGUCACUCUUUUCUUGCCCGUUGUUCGUUGGAGUCACGAGGCUGGAGAGGGGGCCUAGCUCUUCCCGCAGUGAUUCCCCAGAGGCUCUGGCCUCUCCUUGGCAGUUGCUGGUUUCCUGUUUUAGGAGACCUCAGGCCGGCUCUCCCCAGGGCCCUCAAAACAGGACAGCGACUUUUGUGACCUUCAGGAUAUUCAAAUUCCAUGCUCAUUAGAGCUUCCCUCCUGAAGGGUUGGAAAAGCAGGACAACUGCCAUCAGUUUGAAGUUGUGAAACCAUCAGUCAUUUUUGUAGGCAAGGGACCUGCCCCUACCCCUGUCUCCUGGAGGUUUCCCUUAGAACUUUCAGGAUCCUGGGAUGGAACCACUGUCCCUCUAGUGAAUCUACUUCCAUUGAGGGAAUGAGGGGACUUCACCCUGGGAUGCAGGAGUCACAGCAGGAACAGGGACUCAGCAAGGAACUUAAGUUUUCUGAACCAUUUGGGGCUGGUUGGUAGAGAGAAUCCUGGGCUUUCUCCCCCACAUCAGUCAAGCCCCUGGACAACCAGGCCCCUGAGCAAUGUCCCAGGCAGCCAGUAUGGUCUAACUUUGUUAGAGGGUAGUGGCUUCGUAAUGGAUGUGUCUCAUGGCAGUGGGACAUCCCGAUUCUAUCUCUCUCCGGGGGGGCUGGUGGGGAAAAGCAAGAGUCAGCAGUCAAGAGUUCAAACUUUCAUCCCCUCAACCCCCAAAGAGAUGGCAUAAUGCAGGGGCUUGGCAAGGCAUAAAUGAAGAUGAGCUCUUCCUCCACUAGAGGAUCUUGAAACAGAAGCAAGCCCCAACCUCCUGUGGGGGUCAGGGUAGAGGGAGGGAGGAAGGGGAAGUUUUUCUGAACAGUUUGGAAAGUGGCUGCAGUCGGGGUAUCGGAUUGUGAAGGGGGUAGUGGGCAGAAAUGUCACUUCUACCACCAGGUCCAGCCUUAGAGGAUGAGCUGCAGCCAGAGUGGGGGAAAUUUUGCCAGGGGAAACUUGGGGGCUGGAAAGUUUCAAAGAUGAGCCAGCUCUUGCAGGCACAGCCCACAGCCAGAGAAGAGGGAGAGAAGGGACAGGUGAAUCAUUUUAUUGUUUGAAGAGAUUUUUCAAAAUUCACACGUUCUGAAGUAGCUCCAGCUUGAAGAAAAGUGCAGUGGUCCACAGUAGCCCAAUGUUUGAGAAAGUGGAGAUUCAAGUGCCACUCGUCAACCAGCCCAGUGUGUUUUCAAAGUGUUGAGCAGCAGGAGCUUUGUGGGAAGAGGUUUAAGGCUGCCCGGUGGUGAGGUGAGUGGAGAAAGGGUUUACAAGCAUUAGACCUGUGUAAGCAGCAGUGAUUUGAAACUGGUGGUCACUGGUCUAUCUGUGGUCCAUUUCUCAGGCUACUGCCAAAGCCGGAGCUGAAACGCUGUCCUGGGGAAGGCUCGUGGGUCUGGCCUCUGUGGUUUGGCCCUUAAGGUUGCUUUGCUUUGAACAGAAUCUAAGAAUCCUGUCGCUUGUCUGGGGAUGGGACCCAGGCACAAGAGUUGAUUCAGAUUCACAGUUGAGCUGAUUGAACGCAGUGUUCCAGUGUAGGGGUCCUCACAGAAUGUGCUAGUCAAUGGACCGUGGGCAAACCAUUCCUCCCCAAGCCCUCUUUGUUCCCCUACCUUCCCAUCCCGAUGUAAUUAAGGGAAGAGGAAGGGAUUGGAUGAAAAAAACACAAAGAUGAACUUGUACCUUUAAGGCGUGGGGGCUUUGCUCUUCAGUGAGGCCAGAGCAAACAUGGCAGAGCCUGGGGGCCUGGUCUCCCCUCUCCCUAGGGCACUUAACCAGAACCACUGAAGUUGGCAGAAUUCUGGCUGACUUGAAUCUUGUAAAGAGCCUGACAGUUAACUAGAGUCAAAAACAUCCACUUUGGGGACUGGAUUAUCCAGGUAGGCUGCUGAAAGGGAGGGGAUGAGUAGGAUAAUUGGCAGUUUUCCACUUCAGUGGUAAUAGUGUGGACCCCAAUAUGCUGCUGAGUGGAAUCCUGCCCUCUCAGCAUCAUUACGCUCUUGUCUGAGGCCAGCAGUAUCUCAAGGAGAAUUCAGCUAGUUAGCAUUCAUUGGAGCACUAAAAGUGAGAAGCAGCGUGGCCUAGGGGAUAGAGCACAAGCCUGGCAGUCAGGAGGACCUGGGUUCCAAUCCCAG